AUGUCCGCUGUGCCCUCACAGAAGGUUCAAUCACUUGGAAAAUAUUUUCUUCAGAAUCCGAACGGCAAAAGUGCACAAAGCGUAGCGUGGCAAAUCGAUCACCGACUUCAUCUCGUGUCGUUCUGGGAUAUCAAGCCUGGUUCGCGGGUGUUAGAAAUUGGAUGUGGUCAGGGUGAUUGCACAAUUGUACUUGCAGAUAGGGUUGGAGAUGCAGGGCAUGUAGAUGCGGUGGAUCUCGGAGCGCCUGAUUAUGGCGCACCAUACACCUUAUCCCAGGCGCAGGAUUUCAUAAAAUCUGGUCCAUUGGGACCAAGGGUGACAUUUCAUCUCACCGUCAAUCCAAUUGAAUACCUAAACAACCUUCCGGAAUCUUUUGUUCCAUACGACUAUGUGGUUUUAUCCCACUGUAUCUGGUACUUCGCUUCUCCAGAGGUCCUCUCCCGAACUAUCAACAGCUUAAUCGGCAAAACAAAACAACUCUGCGUCGCGGAAUGGGGAUUGCGAGCUACAAAAAUCCAGGCGCUGCCGCAUGUACUGACUGCGUUGCUGAUGGCCAAUGUGGAGGCGAAGCGAAAGGUUCCAUCGACUUGGAACAUCAGAUCCGUAUUCUCCCCUGCUCAGAUUCUCUCACACAUCACAGAAGGAGAAAAAUUUGGGCUGGAGAAGCAGCAGAUCAUACAGAGCAACGAGGGCCUUAGGGAUGGAUACUGGGAGGUAUGGGGGAUACGAGAGGAGAGGAAAGAUAUAAUGCGUACUUUGCAAGCUGAUGGUGUUGGAGAGAAAGAACUCGCGGCAUUGAUUGCUGCGUUUGACGCGGUGGACGUUAGUGUAGCACUUUUGGAUGACAGUGGAGAUGCAGCAGCGGGACUUAAGCAAGUCAAAAGUAUGGACGUUUGGGCGGCUAUUUUUGUAGCGUCGUAA